UUUAUUAUUCAUUCGGAACACUGGCGUACAGUAUGUGCAUUCAAUAACUUAAGAAUGUUGCAGUUGUCAAAUUAAUAACCUUUAUGUUAUGUUACACUAUUGUUGAAGGAUUUUAGUAUUAAAGGUACCGCUCAACAUGGCUGACUCGGAAGAAGAAACUGUAAAAGAUCUUAAAGGUUUGAGAAAAUUUGGUAUAGCAUGUGGCGUCAGAUUUGCUUCUGGUGUCGUUCUGAUAAUUAUUGGUGCAGUCGCUGCGGGAGUAACAAAAUCUCGCGGAAUCCCGUACUUUCUCGGGGCAUUCCUUACAGGAAUAACGAUGUCAGUUUCAGAACUUGUCAGUCAUCGUAACUGCCGUAAUGCAAUUCGCGAAAAUGCUUCCUCGAGUCAAAAACUCAAGUUUAUUCGCAUCGAAACUGGCAUCAGUGUUGUUGCCGUCUUAACUGCUAUUCCUGGUGUUAUUUUAGCGGGUGUAAACGGAGUUACUGAGCCCCGCUGUAGACGCGGCGGUGUAUAUGGAUACACUGUGCCAUGCCAAAAAGAACCGUAUCAAAGUACAACCAUUUACAAACUCGCUCUUGCUAUCAUGUUGCUCUUGAUACUGAGCAUAAUCAUAAAUGCUGUCUUUAUUUGUCAAGGCGCAGUUUUUAAUCGCCCAAGCGACAAGGAAAAUGUUACGGCUUCCACCACGGGUCAGCAACAACCAUUGGUUGAAAGAACUAAUAAUCAGAUACCUGGAAGUGGUAGUGGCUCUACAGGGUUCGUAUUGAAUACCCGUCAUGGACACCCAGAGCCAUUUGCAGGAGCUAUAUUGUCAACAAACGCUCAACAACCUGUGUUGCAAGGAAAUUAUAAUAACCAUAGUGAAAAUAGCUCCACAGGGUUCGUAUUGAAUACUCGUCAUGGACAACCAGAGCCAUUUGCAGGAGCAGUAUUGUCUACAAAUGCUCAACAACCCAUGGUGCAAGGAAAUUAUAGUAAUCGGUUACCUGGAAGUGGUAGUGGCUCUACAGGGUUCGUACUGAAUACCCGUCAUGGACAACCAGAGCCAUUUGCAGGAGCUAUAUUGUCUACAAACACUCAACAACCUAUGACACAAUCAGAUUAUAAUAACCGCGGGGAAAAUAGUUCUGCAGGAUAUGUUCUGAAUACCCACUACGGACAACCGCAGCCAUUUGCAGGAGCAAUAUUGUCGACAGAAACUCAACAAUCAGCAUUGCAAGGAUUGAACACUUUAGUUUCAGAACUUCAAGAACAAAAUAGGUUACUCCGGGAGCAGUUAGCUCUCCAGCAGCAGCGAGCUGAACCUCAAGAACAAAAUGUUACACCAAGUGCUCCGGUAUCAGAAUCUCCACCAAGUUACGAGUCUUGCAUGACAGAUCAUUAAAAUGCUGUUGCACACAUCAAAAUGAUGUUGUACACAUCAAAAUGCUGUUGUACACAUUAAAAUGGACAUUGCCGUUGUGCAUAUUAAACGUCCUUUGUACACAAAGGUGUGACAGAUCAUUAAAAGGCUGUUAUACACAUUUAAAGGCCGUUAUUCACAUUACAAUGCCGUUGUACGCAUUAAACGACUGAUGUACACAAGUGUGUGACAGAUCAUUAAAAGGAUGUUAUACACAUUUAAAGGCCGUUAUUCGCAUUACAAUGUCGUUGUACGCAUUAAACGACCGUUGUACACAAGUGUGUGACAGAUCAUUAAAAGGCUGUUAUACACAUUUAAAGGCCGUUAUUCGCAUUACAAUGUCGUUGUACGCAUUAAACGACCGAUGUACACAAGUGAAUGACAGAUCAUUAAAAGGCUGUUAUACACAUUUAAAGGCCGUUAUUUACAUUACAAUGUCGUUGUACGCAUUAAACGACUGAUGUACACAAGUGUGUGACAGAUCAUUAAAAGGCUGUUAUACACAUUUAAAGGCCGUUAUUCGCAUUACAAUGUCGUUGUACGCAUUAAACGACCGUUGUACACAAGUGUGUGACAGAUUAUUAAAAUGGUGUUGUACACAACUUUGUGGCAGAUCAUUAAAAGACUGAUGUACACAAGUCUGUAAUAGAUUAUUUAAAUGCUGUUAUGCACACUAUUGUUGCUACAGGUUGAUUGUGCUGUACACCAUUACAUACUUUCGUUCAGUCGUUUAAUAACUGCCUUGCAACGAACUCGUCUAUAAGUAAGAAUAUUAACAAUCCGUCAGCGCCACAUAAAUGAUACAUGUAUAACCACGAGCUUCUUUGAUUAGUUUUCAUAAUUAUGUACGUUAUAUACAGGUGUAUUAGUUUCA